AGAUAAUUCUAAAGUCUCUAGACAAGUGCAUUAGAUUUUACGAAAAUCAUAUAAAAAUAAAAUUAAUGCACUAAAAUAAACAAAUAACGUGCAAGCAAAGUGUAAAAAUAAUAAGGGCAAAAAAGCAAAUCAUGCCGCGCUAAUUGACAAUGGAAUUACACUCCUAUGCGAAACGAAAGGUCGCGAAAAAAUGGUCAAUUGAUCAAAAACGACAACUUGUUGAGGCACGCAUCAAUCACGAUGGACUGUUCACCAACAAACCAACGACCAGUGUAGCGCCUUGGAAAAAAAUCUUGAGUUUGGCCAAAUUAGACGACUACAAUGUGUUCUUCGUACGCAAGCAAUGGUCGAAUAUGGUCAACAAAUAUAAGCAAUAUAAGUCAAAUCGUCUGGAUGUGAUACCGAAUGGCGCACAUGAUCCUGAAGAGAUACAGAAAAUUACACAAGAAUGGGAAUUCUUUGAGCCAAUACACCGUUUUAUGUCGUACAAAACCACCAAUUUGCAUUCGUAUGCGCUACCAAUAACUAUACGUUUACCAGUGUCACCGGCUGCAGCGCUGCAUGAUGAUGACGGUAGUUCCAUGUCUUCGCCUGAUGGCCUCGACGCAUACAGCAGCGAUACGAAUUAUGAUUUCAACAAUGUGGACGAACCAAAUGAACUAAGAGAAACACAACCAAAUACAGAUCAUGAUUUUUAUACAAAGAAAAAUGGACUCCCAUUGAAUUACUUCGCCGAUGAGAGCAAUGAUACACAGGAAUCCAUGUUGGUGGAACAAGCCAUAACAUGUAACGGUGUGACUGAGGGCAUGGAACAAGUAAGACUGCAUGUAGCAGGUGAACAAAUUGUCGAAAUGAAAAUGGAACAACUUAGCGAUACCGAGAAACAUGUCGAGCAAGUGCGACCACCAGUUUGUAGCGAAGCGAAUGCACAAAUGCCGAGCACAUCUGGUGCAUGUCGCGCGAGAAAUUGCCAAAGACGUCCAACAGAACGGCGGCUUAGCGAGAGGGAUCGUUAUUAUCGCCACAAACGUCGUUUCAAUCGACGACUCGAGCGACGUUUCGAUGCCAUCCUCAACGUAUUCGGGCAAAUAGUUAAAGCUGAAUAUCCAAAUAUCAAUGUGAGUCCUUUAGUUGGCGCCGUCACACAAGGCCUAACGCUCGCCAAUAAUCUUUUCAAGAGUGAGAAUGAAAAUGAUAGCGCCGAUGAGGAAAAUGAGUCAUCAACCGAUACAGAGCAGUUGCCAGCUAACGCAGAAGUUGGUAAUGAGCAGCGCUAAGUUUAAAAAAUAAAUACUGAAAACAUAAAAUUUAGUUGAAUAAAAAGGGUGUAUAGCAAAUUUUAUGACGCUUUGAGAAUUAUGACUGGGUGAAUAUAAAUCAAAGAAAACAAAUAUUUUGUAAUGUUUGAAUGUACACGUGCAUACUACAAAAAUAUACAAAGCCGAAAUUACCAAAUAAAAUUGUAUUAAAUAUUUGCCGAUGAAA